AUGACUGCCCCUCAAGGUUUUGCUACCACUGAUUCUACUCAUGUCUGCAAGCUACAAAAAUCAUUAUAUGGUCUCAAGCAAGCCUCUUGGAUGUGGUUUGAAAAAUUUACACAAGCCUUAACUACUCUCGGCUUCACACAGUUCAUUGCUGAUUAUUCUCUUUUCACUACCUCUUCAAAGGAUUCCUUUAUUGCCAUCCUCAUCUCUAUGGAUGAUGUCAUCAUCACAAGCAAUGACCAUGCCCGUAUCAUCUCUCUCAAAAGGCACAUUGAUAAUAAAUUUGGCAUCAAAGAUCUUGUUCCCUUAUGGUUCUUCUUGGGGCUUGAAGUUUCACAAUCCGAAGCCGGGAUAUUUCUCAUCCAACAUAAGUAUGCUUUUGAUAUUGUUCAAGAAACUAGUCUUCAAGAUUGCAAACCUUGUUUGACUCCAAAGGAACAACAAAAUCAUCUUAUUGAUGCAACUAGUCCACCUUAUUCGGAUCCUGUACAAUAUCGACGGUUGGUUGGCAAAUUGGUCUACCUCACUGUUACUCGACCAGAAUUGAGUUUUGCUAUCAAUCGCUUGAGCCAAUUCAUGCAUCAACCCCACCAAGAACACUUUGAUGUAGCACUAAGAGUUGUUCGUUAUAUCAAGGGAACUCUCUUUGCUGGGCUGUUCUUCUCAACCUCAAGUUUUCUUCAUCUCCAAGGGUUUUGUAACUCAGACUGGGUUAGUUGCCCCCUUACUCACCGCUCAACUACAGGAUACCUCACCUUACUUGGUGACUCCCCUCUCUCAUGGAAGACUAAGAAACAACACACGGUUUCCCGCUCUUCUGCUGAAGCUAAAUACCGUGCAAUGGUUGCCACUUCAUCCGAAAUCAUCUGGUUACGAUGGGUGCUUGCUAAGCUUGCAGUUCUCAUAUUUGACCCUCCAAUUCUAUAUUGUGACAGCAAGACCACUCUCCACAUUGCAGCCAAUCCAGUCUUCCACGAACACCCUAAACACAUCGAGAUCGACUAUCAUUUUGUCCGUGAUCUUAUCCAAUGUGGCAAGCUAUUCACUGCGCAUGUAUCAAGAACCUCACAACCAGAUGAUCUGUUUAGCAAAGCUACCCCAGCUAAUCAUUUUCGAGAUCACUUGUCGAAGUUGGGCAUCAAAGAUGCUCUAACUUGA